AUGGCAAACACUAGAAAACGAAAAGUUACUCCCAAAAAAGAACGUGCGCUUCCAAAAGUGACGAAGAAAAGACCAGCCGCCAAGAAGACUAGCGUUUCAAAAAAGCAAAGCAAGCCAUCAGUUGAACUGCCUACAACUACAGAAAUUAGUAAAAUAGAAAAGCCAUUGGAUAGUCUAAUUCUAGAUGCAUCAUGGUCACAAAAUCUUCAAAAUCUAUUCAACGCUGAUAAUUUCAAACGUAUCGAGCAAUUUUUAAAUAAUCUAUGGUCAACUGGCAAAAUAAUAUAUCCUCCGCAUGAUCUUAUUUUUGAAGCAUUCAAUAAAACACCAUUCGAUAAAGUAAAAGUAGUUCUACUCGGUCAAGAUCCAUAUCACGAUGAUGGACAAGCUCAUGGAUUAGCUUUUUCUGUACCGAAAACAGUAACAGUUCUACCGCCAUCUUUAAAAAAUAUUUUUAAAGAAUUAGCAAACGAUAUAAAAUCAUUUCGAAUUCCUAAUCAUGGCUGUUUAGAAAAAUGGGCACAGUCUGGUAUUCUUUUACUCAAUGCUUCAUUAACAGUCGAGCCACAUUUGCCCAAUUCUCAUUCUCGUAUUGGCUGGACACAAUUUACCGAUGACGUUAUCAAAAUUUUAUCAAGCAAACGUACAGGUCUUGUGUUUCUGCUUUGGGGUGGUUUUGCUCAUGCGAAAGAAAAAUUAAUUGAUCAAACGAAACAUACAAUUAUCAAAACUGCGCAUCCAUCUCCGUUGUCAUUUAACAAAUUUACUAAUUGUAAAUGUUUUUCUCUUGUAAACGCAGCUCUUCAAAAAUAUGGCGAACAACCAAUCGAUUGGUCACUUUAA